AGUUGUCCCGCCCAGCGCGCGCUCCCGCCCCGUCAGUGAGGAGGGCGCGGGUGGAGAACGGCCUGCGCGCGAGAGCGCGACUGAGCGUGUGUCACGGCGGGUGUGGGUGUGUUUGUUUCCUGUUGAGCUCGGAGAACUGAGGAGAAAGAAGCGCAGUGAAAGCAGAAAAGUGUGUGUGUGAGUGAGUGUGUGUGUGUGUGUGUGUGUGUGUGUGUGAGUGAGAGAGAGUGCUUCCUGGCGCCAGAAGAAGAGGGAGCCUGGCUUUGCGGGGCGCCUUCUCCGCCAUGGGCCACCACUGCCUCCGAGCCUCUCCGCGGCCCCUGCUCCUGCUCUGCGUCCCGCUGCUCUUCGCUGUCGCCCGCGGAGCCCCCACGCCCGGGCCCGGGGAGCAAGCAGGCUGCCAACAGUACACAAACAAAACAUGUGAGGAAUGCCUGAAAAAUGUCACGUGUUUAUGGUGCAGCAGCAGCAAACAAUGCCUGGAAUAUCCUGUUCGAAAUAUCCUCCCCCCCAGUUCACUUUGCCAGUUGAGUAAGGCCCGCUGGGGUGUCUGUUGGGUGAAUUUUGAAGCUCUCAUAAUUACAAUGUCCGUGGUGGGAGGAAUAAUCCUUAUUGCUCUUUGUGUUUGUUGCUGUUGUUGCUGCAGGAAAAAAAAGAGCAGAAAACCUGAUAAGGAGGAUGAGAAAGUUGCCAGAGAGAGAGAGCAGAGAAGAGUAAGACAGGAAGAAAGGAGAGCAGAGAUGAAAUCAAGGCAUGAUGAAAUCCGGAAAAAAUAUGGUUUGUUUAAAGAAGAGAACCCAUAUGCCAAAUUUGAAAACAACUAAGAUUUCUUUUGAAAAGCCAAAGUAAGCUCUGCCAGUGCUGUCUAUAGAAUGUGUAGUACAGCUGCUAAAAGAUCCAGUAAAUUAGAUGCCUUAAUUGCAAAUGGAAAAUUGGUCUUAAUAGAAGACAGCUGUUAAUAAGCAGCAAGAUAAACGAACAAGCCAAACAUACCUCUGAAAACCAGAUGGCCUAGCAGGCUGGAGAUGUUAGAUUUUUCUUCUUUCUGUCCUGCAGGUGUCUGUGCUCUUACAUAGUAUAGCAUAACCUUUGUUUGCUGGUCAAAUCUUGGAACAAAUUUGUUCAUGAAGUGGAGAGGGACAAUGCACAUUUCUUCUUGUCAAUCUUUUCUAUGGUCAACAAAUUAUAGCUGUUUUUAAUUGAAGGGUAGGAGUUGGGUGGUCAUAUCAAAAAACUAGGUGGGUAGGCUAUGUGAAAGGAACAUAAGCUUUAAUUGUGCCACUAGCAAAAAGUGCCUAAAUUGAUCUUCAAAAACAUUUUGUUUGCAGCACAGAUGUUUUUAUAGUGUGAUUGUGAAGGUUUGCACUUUUAUAUAUUAAUACUACUUUUUCUUCUGGACUACGUAUGCGUGUUCCUUCUGUUCCUUUGCCUCUUUUAAAUCACUUCAACUACAGAAAUAGUUAGACUGAUUUAUGUUAGUAACAGUGUGAUACGAAUGCUUUACUGGUGCUGAUUAAAUGGCUGCUUGUAUUGGAAUUUUAAAGGCUCUUCUUAUAUUUAAGAACUUUGUACUGCUUGUAAUUAUCUGAAGCAAUGUAUAAUCUUGGAAAGAAUGUCCUUAGUAACCAAAUCAGAAGAAUGAAAAGGUUCCUUUUUUGAAGUAAAGAACCAUAAUACAGCCUUGGGGUUGAUUUCUGCUGCCUAGAGUAAGGCCUGCCAAUAAAAUAUUUGGCUUGAUGCAAUAGCCUGUUUUUCUUCAGGCUGUUCUAUGUCAAGAGUCCUAUGCACUGGAGUUUCUUUAUGAAGACAGAUUAAUAAGGAAAGUAACUUCUUAAUGUUUACUGUCAAGUGGAA